UGUUAUUAGUUAAUAAUGUCAAUAUAAGUUUAUGACGUUUCACUUUACAAAUUAGUUUACGAUAUAAAGAGAUGUUUUUUACAUACAAGUGUCUGUUAAGAAUCGUUCUUGUGGUUGGAAUUUGGUCACCAUAUCCAAUUUUAUCAUGGACACCUUUAAAUGGUCGAUACACGAAAUCUAUACACACUUACAAUUUAACCGUGCCCCAUAAAAUCAACUCACUCGGAGAGUUCGUAUCUUUCGACCUACCUCACUUCUUUCAAUACGAACCGUCGGAAUCCCGCAGGAAAAGAACGCUGGAAGACUCAGACAUGGUCCACUACGGCGUGACCUUGAACGGCCAAGAUUACCAUAUCGAUCUCUGGCCCAAUCACAACUUCAUUUCUCCGGAUCUGAUUGUGGAGCACAGAGAUCCGAAACUGAGAAAAGAGACCGAGAGAGUGAAGAGGUUGGAUCGAGAAAGGGUUUGCCAUUAUACGGGGGUCGUUCGAGGCCAAAGGGAUUCCAGAGCUGCCAUAUCUACUUGUGAUGGUUUGGCAGGUUACGUUACAAUAGACAACAAGCGAUACUUUAUAGAACCCAUGGAGCACCACCAACCGAACGCUGAGGGCCAUCACCUUCAUGUCAUCCACCAAGACCACCAUGUUGACAAGCGAAGCGUCCAUUGUGGCACCACAGGCGAUUGGAGAGAAGCGUGGAAAAAUAGUUUCCGGGAAAAAUUUAUGGAAAAUCAAAAAGAGGAAAAACGAGGUGUUACAAGCGAACAUAGAUAUUUAGAGACGAUCGUUGUGGGCGAUAAGAAGUUUCUAACGCAUCACAAAAAUAACGAUGUCGAGUUGUAUGUUAUGACAGUUAUGAAUAUGGUGUCCGAUUUUUAUCAUGACGCAUCGAGCGGCAACCAAAUGGACGUUGUCGUGGUUCGCAUAAUGUAUUUGGAAAAAGAAGAAGAGGAAAUCGACCUGGCCAUAAAUGAGAACGCCGAGAAGACAUUGGAGAGCUUCUGUAACUGGCAGGUCAAGAUAAAUCCCAAAGAUGUAACAAAUCCCAAUCACCACGAUAUAGCCGUCUUACUAACCAGGUACGAUAUUUGUGCAGAUGAGGGCGCUGAUUGUGGUUUAAUGGGCCUUGCAUAUAUCGCGACGGCCUGCACCCAGAACAAAAACUGUGCCAUCAAUGAGGACGGAGGAUUGACUUUGGGGAUUGUGGUUGCCCAUGAGAUGGGUCAUGUAAUGGGUUGUGCGCAUGACAAGGAAGGCGAAUCACCAUGCGCGGCUAAAGAUAAGGAUGAAUCUUAUUUUGUGAUGGCCCCAUUUGUGCAUAUGUAUACAACAAAAUGGUCUAGUUGUAGCAGAGGUUUCAUCACUUCACUUUUCGAAAACAACAUGGGCGACUGUUUAAACGACGAACCAGAAGUCUCCAUAUACGCCUACAAGGCUGCUCUUCCUGGCACAAUAUACGAUCCAGAGCAACAGUGCGAUUUGAUGUUCCCGGGUUCGUCUGUUUGCAUGAUGGACGAAUCAAAAUUCUGCGAGAUGUUACUUUGCAAAACUACGCCUACUGAGUGUACAUCAAAUCGAGAACCACCAGCCGAUGGCACCAAGUGCGGUUCAAACAAGUGGUGCUUCCACAAAAAAUGUAUCGAAAUUGGUGAAAGACCUGAGGCUAUCAACGGUGGAUGGGGAUCUUGGGGGCCUUACAGUACAUGUUCCAGAACUUGUGGUGGUGGAGUGUCGAUAUCUGAACGAAAUUGUGAUAACCCGAUCCCUCAGUUUGGCGGCAGGUUUUGUUUGGGAGACAGGAAAAGAUUCAAGAUUUGCAACAAAGAUCCUUGUCCUUUAGAUGAACCCACAUUUCGAGAUCAACAGUGCACUGAACAAAACUCCAAACCAUUUAACGGCAAACUGCAUAAAUGGAGGCCAUACUACAAAAAAGGUGAACCGUGUGUAUUAUAUUGUAAAAAUGAAUUGAAUACAUUUGCAAAGUUGCAACCUAGGGUAAAGGAUGGAACACCAUGUAAGGCUGGAACCAAAAAUUUGUGUAUAAGUGGAAAAUGUAUGAACGUUGGGUGUGAUUUCCAACUGGAUUCAGAUGCGGUCGAAGACGUAUGUGGUAUUUGCAACGGCGACGGGACUCAGUGUAAAAUUGUAGACGAAGUAUACAAAGAUACCGGCGCUCAUGAUUACAAGAAAGUGGCUCUGAUUCCUCAAGGUAGCAGGAACGUGCGUAUCGAGGAGCUCGCGCCUUCUAUGAACACGAUCGCAGUCAGUGAUAAAUCGGAAAAAGUCUUUUACCUUAAUGGAGGCCAUCGAGAAAACAGAGACGGUACCAAAGUAUUUGGAAAAGGGGUUGAAGGUGUUUAUGAUCAUCCUGAACCUGGUAAAGAAACUUUAAUAAUCCAUGGACCAACACGAGAAGAUUUAAUAUUUUUCGUUUGUUUUUACGAUCAAGAAAACGUCGGCUACAGAUACAGAUACUCGGAACCAACUGCAGAUCUUAACUACGCACCACAAUACCAUUGGGAAUUGCUGGAUUGGUCUGAUUGCUCCCUUAAAUGUGGAGGUGGGAUAGAAACGUCAAAGUACGAUUGUGUUGAAGAAAAAGCUGGAAAAGUUAGUUCCACUUUUUGUGCGGGUGAACCGAAGCCACCCGUUCAGACCAAACCAUGCAACGAGAAUCCUUGCAUGACAAAAUGGAAAGUAGGAAAAUGGGGUCCAUGUCGAGCAUGUAAGAACCUGUCUGGGCUGCGAGCUAGAGAAGUAGAAUGCGUUAGAGAAAAUCCAAAAAUCGGCGCUGAAGAUAUUUUAGUCGAAGACGAAGAAUGCGAUGACGUUAGACCAGCUUCUAAAGAGUUGUGUAAUUCCCCAAAGAAAUGCAAAGUUAGGGAGGCCGAACAAAUGCCUCAAGAAAUGGCGCAGGAAAUUUGGAGACAGAUCAACAAAAGAAAGAUUCAAAAUAGAAGGGAUCUAAAUAUUGACAAGCUGUUGGAAGCUAUUGAAUCCAACACAGUGGCAGAUUCUUGUAAAACGCUGAACAAAACCAUGAAAAACUUCAAACAAAAGUCAGGCGGUUUAAUUAAAGAUAGGAUACCGCAAAGUGAAAUCAACGUGGUUAAAAUUCCUUUCAAACAAUCACAUUCCGCUUUAAAUCUGUCUGAUAACGCCUUCGAAACCAUGGGCGACACAGUAGGAGACAAAUUAGAUACCGGUGAAGCCGUUAUAGCUACUGGAGCAGAUGCUGCUAAGAUUCUAAAAGAAUUGGGACAUAAUGAGCAGGAGAGGGAGGAUUUAUUAACGUCAACCAAAAAAGUGGACGUUAAAAAGAAGGAUACUGAAAAGAGCGGAAAAGAAAAAGAAAGAACGGUGGCGAUUAAAGACAGUAAUGAAGAAAAAGUUAAAAUAGUUAAUAAUAAAUCUGAUAAGGUUAAAGCAAAUGAAGAUGGCAAAGAAAGAAAAGCAAAACGUGGAAAUCAAAAAUCAUAAAAAGUUAAUUCGUAUAUUAUAUAAAGUAUUGUUUUUAUAUUAUACAUAUUACAAAGCAUUUUUCAUAUAUUUCUUUGCUAAAAAAUAAAUAUGUUGCCUACUUUA